CUUUUAUGUUAGUCAGUGUUUUGACUGCCAAAGAUAGUUGGCUGAAAACACCAGAGCAGUCCACUGUGCUGUGACCUAAAUUUGUCUAAAUCACCAGAAAAGAGAAGAAGGUGUCUGUGCAGAAAUGACUAUGGUAUGUCUGGAUGAUUUUGAGGAAUAUGCCAAGCAGCACCUCUCAAAGUCUACAUGGGACUAUUAUGAAGCUGGAGCUGAUGAAUGUUGCACUCGAGACGACAACUUGCAGGCUUAUAAAAGGAUUCGCUUGAGGCCACGGAUCUUGCGUGACGUUUCGAUCAAUGACACUCGGACCUCUGUGCUGGGAAGGGAAAUAAGCUUUCCUGUUGGAAUUGCACCCACAGCUUUCCACUGCCUGGCCUGGCAUGAGGGAGAACUGGCCACUGCCAGAGCCACUGAGGCAUUGAACACCUGUUAUAUAGCCAGCACUUACGCCACAUGUUCAGUGGAGGAGAUUGCAGCAGCAGCACCCAACGGCUACCGCUGGUUCCAGCUGUACUUGUACCGGGACAGAAAGCUUUCGGAGCAGAUUGUACACAGAGUGGAGGCUCUUGGCUAUAAAGCUCUGGUGCUUACAGUGGACGUGCCUUACACUGGCAAACGUCGCAAUGACAUACGCAACCAGUUCAAGCUCCCGCCACACCUGAAGGUCAAGAACUUUGAAGGGAUGUUCCAGGAGCAAACAGAAGGCCAGGAGGAAUACGGGAUCCCAGCUAAUACUCUGGACCCGUCGAUCAGCUGGAAGGAUGUUUGCUGGCUGCAGUCUCUGACACGGCUGCCUAUGAUCAUCAAGGGCAUCCUCACUAAAGAGGACGCAGAGUUGGCUGUGGAGCAUGGCGUCCAGGGCAUAAUUGUGUCUAAUCAUGGAGGCCGACAACUGGAUGGAGGGCCUGCAACGAUAGAUUGUCUGCCUGAGAUAGUGGACACAGUGCAGGGCCGGGUCGAGGUCUACAUGGAUGGAGGGAUCCGUACAGGGAAUGACGUACUGAAGGCCAUAGCCUUGGGAGCCAGAUGUGUGUUUAUUGGCAGACCGGCAAUCUGGGGCCUCGCUUACAAGGGGGAGGAUGGAGUGAAAGAGAUCUUAAAUAUUCUACACGAUGAGUUUCGCUUAUCCAUGGUGUUGGCAGGCUGCAGAAAUGUUGCUGAGAUCAACAGGAACCUCAUUCAGUUCUCCAGACUUUGAGCAGCAAAAUGGACAAUAAUAAUUUCUACUUUACCACUGCAAAGAUCCACUUAUUGAUACUAAAUGUACACGAGAAACCUCUGUUGCUUUUAGUCGCAAGAAUAACAUAUCUACAAUUGUUCACAGUGUAUUGAUGGUUUUAUUACUUGUUUUUCAGUAAGCAUCAAGAACAGACCUCCGUAAACCCCACACUAUUUUUAUUGAGAGAAUCAAGAGUGGAUUAUACUUAUACCUCCACUCAUUACAGAUUGCUUCAAAUUGAUUUCACAAUAGUAGAUAUCAAAAUAGAAUUAGUAUCAGGUACAAUUUAAUUUAUAAUUAUGAGUAAAUCACUUCUAUUUCAACUAUAAAGCAGCCAUACGUAAAAGUUUGAUAAAUGCAUAUGCAAAAAGAAAAGCUUCUGAAUAUAAAUCAGUGAUCGUCCUUGAGAAAUACUGAACAUUCAGUUAAUAUUUGGUUGAAAUAUCAAGUGUGGCAAAACUAAACAACAUGAAAUUCUCUAACUGACUGUGUGUUAAUUCAAUAUUUCCAGUUAUAUUAUUUACUUUACAAUAAAUACUACACUCUU